UCUAGAGCGGACCCAGGGGCCGAGCCGCGCCUUUAGCAUCCUUGGCGCUCUGCCCGGCUCCCCCCGCCCCCCUCCACCCUUCCCUUCCGACCUUCUGCCUUUUUCUCUCGAAUCCGCUCGUGCGGGGGACGAGGACUGGCAAUUCGACGGCAGGCGGCUAGACUUUAUCCAGCCAAGAUGGAUGGAAGAUGCUAAAUUUUUAAUGCAAAAGCUAAGAAAAGCCUCCUUUGUCCAGUGGUUGAAGUGGAGUGUGGUGUGAAGGAAUUCGUUAGCCAUGGAUGUUUUCAUGAAAGGACUUUCAAAGGCCAAGGAGGGAGUCGUGGCAGCUGCUGAAAAAACCAAGCAGGGUGUGGCAGAAGCAGCGGGAAAGACAAAAGAAGGUGUUCUCUAUGUAGGAUCCAAAACCAAGGAAGGGGUAGUUCAUGGUGUGACAACAGUGGCUGAGAAGACCAAAGAGCAAGUGACGAACGUUGGAGAGGCCGUGGUGACAGGGGUGACUGCAGUAGCCCAGAAGACGGUAGAAGGAGCAGGGAGCAUUGCAGCCGCUACUGGCUUUGGCAGAAAGGAUCAUUUGGGCAAGGGUGAAGAAGGAGCUUCCCAGGAAGGAAUUCUGGAAGAUAUGCCUGUGGAUCCUGACAAUGAGGCUUAUGAAAUGCCUUCUGAGGAAGGGUAUCAGGACUACGAACCCGAAGCCUAAGAGAUAUCUUUGCUCCCAAUUUCCUGAGACCUGCUGACAGAUGUUCCGCCCUGUACAAGAGCUCAGUUCCAACAUGCCCAGUCAUGACAUUUUUCUCCAAGUUUUCACAGUGUGUUUUGAAGUCGUCCAUCAGCAGUGAUUGGAUUAUCUGUACCUGCCCCACCAACUCAGCAUUUCGGUGCUUCCCUCUCACUGAAUAAAUGGUAGCAGGGUCUUUGUGUGCUGUGGAUAUUGUGGCUUCAAAUAUAAAAUGUCAAAACAAAUUAAAAACACCUAAGUGACUACCACUUAUUUCUAAAUCUUCACUAUUUUUUUGUUGCUGUUGAAAAAUUGUGAGUGAUUUACUAUCAUAGAUUAUAAGAUUUUAUGGUGUCUUUUAAUGAUUCUAAAGAAUAAUGAUGUAUUGUGAAAUUUGUUAAUAUAUACAACACUUAAAUAUGUGAGCAUGAAACUAUGCACCUAUAAAUAUUAACUAUAAAAUUUUACU